AUGGAUUGUGUUACUGCAAUUGCAACAGGAGUUGUAUCCAAAAUUGGAGAAUUGCUUGUUGAGCCAAUUGGUCAACAAUUAGGCUAUUUGAUUUGCUAUGAUUACAAUGUCAAAAAUGUGAACAAUGUGGUUCAAGCUUUAAAAGAUAGGAAAGUAGAAGUCCAAGGAAUGGUGAAUGCUGACAAAAAGAAUGGGCGUGUAAUUGUACCACAUGUGGAAAACUGGUUGAAAGAGGUUGAUGAUAUGUUAGUUUUGCUACAAGAAUUCAAUGAAAAUGAAGUCAGCAGGAACAAGAAGUGCCUUGGUGGAUUGUGUCCCAAUUUGAACUCUCGUUAUUCAUUAAGCAAGAGGGCUAAAAAGAUGAAGGAGAAAAUUGUGAUCUUAAAAGAAGAGAAACUUGAGAUCAUAUCCAACCCAGCAACUCCACUGAAAUUGUCAUCCAUCUUUGCAAAAGACAUUAAAGGCUUUGAGUCUAGAAAAUCAAUCAUAAGAGAAGUCAUAGAGAAGCUCAAGGAUGAAAGGUUUAAAAGAAUCAGCAUUUGUGAUGGGGGAGUGGGAAAAACCACUUUGGUGAAAGAAGUGAUCAAAAUUGUAGAAGCAGAGAAACUAUUUGAUGCAGUUGCAUUCACGGUGGUCUCUCAAACUCCAGACCCUAGGAAGAUCCAAGGUGAUAUUGCUUAUAGUCUUGGCUUGAAACUUGAUAGCGAGACAUUGCAAGAAAGAGCACAACAACUCCUUGAAAGGAUAAGCAACAAUGCUACAACAAUCCUUAUAGUGCUAGAUGAUGUUUGGACAGAGCUUGAUUUUGAGUCCAUUGGUCUUCCUUCAAAUAAGGAUCACAAGACUUGCAAAUUUAUAUUCACAUCAAGAAAUGAAGGAACAUGCCACAAGAUGGGAAGUCAAAAAACUUUCAAUGUUAAUAUCUUGUCCAGGGAAGAAUCAUGGGAUCUUUUCCGGGAUAUAACAAGUAAUGAUCUUGUCAAUAGUCCUGAUCUCAAUUCCAUAGCAAAAGAUAUUUCAAAUGAAUGUGGUGGCUUGCCUAUUACCCUUGUUACUGUUGGAAAAGCGCUAGUAGGAAGUACACAGAAGUAUGUUUGGGAGGAUGCACUCAAACAAUUAAGAAAGUCGUCAGGUUCUUUCUCAGAUGUGCAAAAAUGUAUUGAACUGAGUUGCAAUCUGUUGGAUGAAGAAAAAGCCAAACGUUUCCUUUAUCUUUGUUGCUUAUAUCCAGAAGAUACUGAUAUCCCUAUUGAAGAUCUAAUGCGGGACGGAUGGGGUCUACAAUUAUUCGAAGAUCAAGAUGCAUUAUGGGAAGUAAGGAAUAAAGUGCAUACCUUGAUAAAUAAUCUAAGGAGGCGCUACUUGUUGUUGGAUAGUAAUGAUGAAGAGUGUGUGAAGAUGCAUGAUUUUGUACGUGAUGUUGUCAUAUUAAUUGCAUCCAGAAAUGAAAAUGAUUUUAAGAUACAAUGUGAUGCUGAAAAGAAGUGGCAUGAAAAAAGUACAUGGAAUUCUAGUUGUGUAGUUUAA